AUGUCGAAAUGCUCAGGACACAUGAGUGCUUACAAAUCCGCUUGUAAAGAGCACUCAGACCUCAAAUCCUUUGAUUCUUCACUUCAACAACGAACCAUCAAAGUGAUAGACAAGCUCACUGCUAAAGCCGAGACUGGGACUGGGGUGUUGUCCCAACAUGAAAUACACAUAGAAAUCUCCAAGCACCAACUUGAAGUAAGCCAAGAUGUGGCAAACUUCAUUCUUGAAAGGGAAGGCGAUGUGUGGGAGAGCAACGCUCUAAAAUCUUUGGUCUUGGCAUAUUUUGACAAUACUCAUGAAACAUUAAAGAUUUUUGGUGACGUAAUGGGAUGCGUGGAAGAAGCAGAAAAUGGCAAAGAUUACAUUCAAAUAGCCGUGGACAACUUUGACAAAGAGUCGGCGAAAAAAGAUGUUGGUGAAAAAAAGAAAAAGUAUGAAGAAACCAUAAAGUAUCUAAAGAAGUUUGAAGACCUUGGAGAUGUUUUCGAUAGCGGCAAGCUCACGGCUCAAAUCGAUUUGUUAAAAAAGCAACAAGAAUCUCUUUUGGAGAAACUCUGUGAAGCUAAAAAUAAGCUUGAUGAAGAACUGUGUGAGGCUAAAAAGAAGCUUGAUGAGGUACAUGAAACAAAUAAAUUUUGGAAUGUGGUUUUCGGCGCGGGGAUUGCUCUUGCUGUCGUCGCAUCAAUAGCUACAAUGGGUAUAGCCGCGGGUGUAGCAGCACCAUUGCUUGCGGUGGGAUGGAUACGCGUCAGCCAUUACUUGGAGAAUAAGAUUGAGGAUCUGAAGAGACAGCAGGAAGAUGGGAACAAACAGAGAGGUAUAAUAGAUAUGAUAGAGAAGGGUACGGUAACCAACAAAGAAUCGAUGAUGACAGUGUCUGCACUAGUCAACCUUCUAAAAACAAAGAUAUCGUUUAUUUUAAAAGUUGUGAAUGAAGCUACUGGUGAUGAAGAAGAUGAGGUGACAACAGAACUUGUCCUCAAAAUGCUCAAGGAGAAAGUAGAUAAACUGACAGAGCAAAUCAAGGAGGUUGUUGAAUCUGUAGAUAAGCAUAGCACACUGAUCCUUGAGGCAAAGUAUCACGUCCUCCAAAAGAUCAACGGUUCUGGAAAAUAUCAUCGCGGUUAA